CGUCACAUAGAAUUCUAUGUGCACGUCAUAGAACGUCUAUGUGACUCACAUAGAACUAUAGAUUUUCAGUACUGGCAGUGAAUUUCGGAACGCAGCAAUAAUUCAAUAGAUAUACUAGUCUUUUAUAUAAAAAGUAAACGGUGUUUAAAGUUUUACUAAGUAAUUUGUCCGUAUUGAUAUAUAGGCAAUCGAUACUUUUAUAGUUCCAUAGAUACAUUCUAUAGUUCUUAUUUGCCAAAUUAAUUUUAAUUUUUCUGAUUAAAAAUCGACUAAAGAAUCGACUUUUAUUCAAGAAUUACUUAUUCUUAGUAAACAAGUUCGGUCUACUUGGGCGUCCACGUCCAUAUAUUGAAGAUCAGACAUUGGAAAAGUUUUGGUCUAACUGCCGCUAGUUAAGGACGUGUUUGGUCCUACCUGCGAUCGGAGGUACCUGUGAUUUUUGGGAUACACUUUAGUUUUAUUUUCAGAGGUUUCAAAGCUUUAUUUUCUAUUUAUCAUGGAGAGAAAGUAAUGUUCCGGCAUUAGUUCUAUCAAGCGCUUGGAAAUAUAUAUUGAGAGAGGAAGGGAGAGAGGCAGAUUCUUAGUAAACACGUUUUCAGUUACAUUUCAGAAUGCCAUUUGUGAACAUCUUAUUUGUAUCCUCCGAGCAAAUUGCCACGUCGUACGAAUAUAUAUAAUAUAGUCUCGUAGUUUUUGUGCUUGAUGCAGUGUAAUUCAAUUGUUAAGAGACAUCUGGAAUAUUGCUCGAACGUUCUUAACCAUUUAUUGAAGGAAGAAAGGUUAACAAACGUGUGAAAUAAUUGAAAAGACAUAUUCUAUUCUAAGAAUAUAUAAAACUGUAAACAUCUCACCGUUUGUAGCGUCCAAUCGCGAUAAUUUAAUUUCUGGAAAACUUUCACGUGUCGAUACAUCUCUAAUUAUAUCAGUGUGUCAACAUUUCCUGCGAAACCUAAAAGCAAUCGCAAAAAGUAUUCAGAGUUCUUCGACCAGCCGUCGAAUCGACAUAUAUACCACGUAUACUGCAAUCAAGAGGUGCGGAAUUUCGUAUAUUAUCUUCAAAUUUGUUUAAUAAAUAAAGCAGUAUUCAAAUGGAUAUGAAUAAAAGUUCCACGAACCAGUCCAAAGAACAGGUGUUGCCAAUCGAUGGAAUGAAUGGACUUCAAAAUUAUAAUAACUUUUUCCAUCCAAACCUUUGCCAUGUUUGUAAGACAUCAGUGCAAGUGAACUUGAAACCAUGCUCUGGUUGCCACAUGAUCUCGUACUGCUGCGAAGAACACAGACUGCUGCAUGAGUCACAGCACAAAGAGAUAUGCAUAGCCAUAGGAGAAAUGAAUAAGACCAAGCAGGACACUCGUGGCAAGGUGUGCGGCGAGUGGCUAAUUUUACGGAAGAAUAAUGUGUUAAGAAUCUCGCAAAUAUUACAUCGUGAUUUGCAGCCAUAUGAGGAACAGAUGUUCAUGUUCCCAAAAUCGUGUCUUACUUGUCAUCAACAAAAUAACUUGGUGAUCGUAUGCGACAUGUGCUUCAGUGUCAACAGUUGCAUUGAUCACAAUCUACAUUGUGUUAAGCACGACUGUACAAGUCUGAGGUCAAUUCUUCUACUGGAUAUUAGCUAUAUCCAAAGAGAGAAAGAUAUAAAAAGUUUCUCGUUCCAUCAUCGUAUCAAUCCAACCUGCUUUCCAUAUGACAUUGCGUCAUUUCUUCUCAAGUAUACCAUAAAGGACAAAUACCAAAGCCCUUGGUUUUUUUUCGAUUACUUUUAUUCUGAUUGGGCAUCUCAACCGUUAACAAUAUGUCAGGUUGUGUUAAAUCCUGCGUACCAACGCUUUCUAUACAAAACAGAAAAUUUUAUUGUUCACAUUAUAACUGUAAACCAAAUGGAUAUAUACUGUUGGUCAGCUUGGGAAAUAUUAUUACAUCUACUGUAUCCAGGAAUUACAUUGAAAAUUAUAGUUAUAGAUGCAAAUUCAUUAACUUUCGAUAUAAAAAACUUCCAAAUAUGUGACCAUUGUCAAUACUUACGAAAAAAUAUGUCAAUUCAUUAUUACGGUGUGUCGUACGAAGAUUAUGUGCAAAGCACGUCGAAUGAAGAACCAGAUAUAAUUAUAGGAUUUCAUAUAGACCUUCAGGGAUUUAGCCAGCGAUCGAUACGAGCAUUACACAAACAAAAGUGCCCAUUAAUUCUAACAGCUACAUUAGAAAGUAAGUUGAAAUGCAACGUAAACAGGUUAAAGGACGUUCUGGGCAUAUCUGAAAUAAAACAUGUUAAAUCCAAAAACAAAUUUCAAUCUAUACGACCAUAUAGGGAUUAUGAUAACGAUAAUAUAUAUUACUGUAAUGAGUAUCUAGUUAUAUGUGAAAGUUUAGGCUCUUUAAACGUUUCAGCUCCUCAGCAAUAGCUCUUUUUUAUAAUUGUAUCAAUACUUCAUGUAAUUGUGAACAGUAUGUAAUACAAAAUGUAUAACAUGUAGCAAUCUCGUGUUACAUAUAGUAAUAUAUGUAGUAAUCUCUUUCGACGGAUGAAUGGAAAAUAUUUUUAUCAAAGCAUAUUUCGAAGGACUAUUAUAAAUGUUAGUUAUAUAGUUAUAUAGUUAUAUAGUUAUAUAGUUUUCUUCUGAAAUAGUAUUGUCGUUGCAUGUGUCACGAUCGAGUAAUUAUCGCACAUACCAUGUACAUUAUUUCGGCAGUUUCUCGUAGAAUAGAUUGACUAAUAUCACUAAAUAUAUAGAUUGACUAAUAUCACUAAAUAUACCGUUAAAUAACGAGAGUAAAAAUAUCUCAGUUGUAUUUCAUUAGUGGUUUCGUGUAAUGUAUUAGUAUUAUAUAUUUAAUAAUGUAUUAGUAUUAUAUAUUUAAUAAUUUAUAUAAGUACUUUAAUCUCCUCUCGAAACUUCACACGCCUUUAUAGGUCGUUGUAUCUUCAGUUACAUUUCAAAUUGUCAACAAAUCCUACGAAACCCAGAGAGAAAUGUACAGCCGUAAACAUACAAUGUAUAUACAAUAUAUACAAUAUAUCAGUGUUCUUUGAAUAAUUACCGGAUGAACAUGCCUACCAGAUAUACAAGAGUUCGUUUCAUUAGUCAAGAUCAAGAGUAUCGCAUAUUACCCGUCUAAAUUCAUAUUACCGAUAAAACACUGGAGUCCAAUCUGUGAUAGAAAUGAAAUUAUCAAAUUUUGACGGAAUAAAGUGUUUUAAAGAUUAUAACAAGUUCUUCCAUCCAAAUGCUUGUCAUGUCUGCAAGACAACGAUCCAAAGAAAUUUAAAAUCAUGUUCCAAAUGUCACAUGAUCGCGUACUGCAGCGAGGACCACAAAAUGCUGCAUCGACCUCAACACCGGGAGAUAUGCAAAACUAUAAGAAGAAUAAGUAAGAGGAGGAACUUCUGGUUCACUCGUGGUAUGACAUCAAAGGAAUGGCUGAUAUUUAAGAAAGAAAACUUGAGGAGAACCAAGGAGGAUCUACGUCGUAAGCUGGAGCCGUACGAAGAGCAGAUGUUUAUGUUCGCAAAAUCGUGUCUGAUUUGUCACCAGCAGACUAACUUGGUGACCAUUUGCGAGGAGUGCUGCUACGUCAAUAGCUGCAUUGAUCACAAUUUAACUAAUGUCGAACACAAUUGCGAAGGUCUGCUAUUUUCUUUCGUCCUAGAUAUCGAGUAUUUUAAAAAUGAACAAGAUAUAAAAUCUAAAUUAGUCGAUUAUGAUUAUGUCAGUACAUUUAACUUUCCCAUUAACAUCGAAUCAUUUGUAACGUGCUUUGGUACAGAUGACAUGUACAGUUAUCGUUUUUGGGAUCCGUUCGAUUACUACUUUUGCGAUUGGGUAUCAGAACCGUUGACCGUGUGUCAGAUUAUACAGUAUCCAAUGUACUCUUACCUUGCACGUAAACAAUCUUUUUUUGUCGUUCAUAUUAUAGCCGGAUCCAACGGUAUCGACAAUUGGCCGGCUUGGGAAUUGUUAUUACAUAUGUUAGCUGACAAAGUAACAUUACAAAUUACAGUGAUAGGAUCAGAAGUACAAGAUGUAUGCGUACCAACACGGAGUUUAUGUGAUAGAUGCAGUCUUUUCGAGAAGACUCUUUCUGUUAAGCGGCGUAACAUACCAUACGAGCGUUUUGCGAAAAGUUUAUUGUAUGAUCAUCCAAAUAUAAUUAUAGGAUUUCACGUAGAACUUGAAAAAUUCAAGAAAACAACUUUAGAAGCAAUGAUUUUUCAAAAGUGUCCAUUUCUGCUAACAGCUAAAUCGAAAAGUAAAGCGGAUGACAAUAUAAACAUAUUACAAGAAACGCUGGAGACAUAUAAUAUAUCGUUUACUAGUGUUAAAAACAGAUUUAUGUCUCUAAGAGCACACAAGGAUCCCGAGAGCGAUGGUACGUUUUUCCGUAAUGAGUAUUUAAUUAUAUGUGACAGUUCAACAUUUUUAAAAGAUUUCAAACGUCGGUAAUUUUUGCGUAUAAUUGUAUUAUUACUUCGGUAAUUGUAUUCACAAUAUGUAAUACAUUUUCAACAUUUAAUAUUUCAAUUUUAAUAUAUUUAAUAAAGCAUACAUUAACAGUAUAAUUAUAUUGUUUUCUUCUGAAAGGA